GUGAAUAUUUUUAGUAAGGUAUCAUCAAUUUAGUCGUGUAACAACCUUCUGUAAUAAUUCUUAUAUAUAUAAAAAGGGGGCAAAAUUCGCCAAUUAUUUAAACUUUUCUUUGUUAAAAUUGAAAUCGAAAGUAAAUUUAUUAUGAGCCAAUCGGAUAUUUGGUGAUCUCUGAAUCCCGAUAAGUGCAAAUCCAAUUGAGAGUUACUAUUGUGUUACAGAUUUUUCUAGGGUUUCCAGCUCUUUGCGAAGUUGAUGUUUUGUGUCUACAAAAAUUCACGGUUCCUAGACAGGCUUUUGCACUUCUUCAGAGUUAAUACAUUAUAUAGUUCCAAUAAAGCAAAGAAGUUGUUUCCGUGAUACAAUGUCCAAAGGCCAUCGGACGGAAAACGGUGAUCUAAUUCCGGUUACGAUUCUACGAGUAAACCUCUCUCACUGCGAAGAUUGCCCCCAAAAAUUAAGGGAUGCACUCCUUAAAAAAAAUGGGGUUUAUGGAGUGGAUUUUGAUUCAGAAUACGAGUUGGUAACCAUUAGAAGCACAUUAGAUCCCAUAAUGUUAAUCAAAGCUAUUGCCAAGAUGAACAAACAUGCAGAGCUUGUCUACUAUGAUAAGCUACCCAUGCUUGAAGAAGAAGAUGAAGAAGGUCAACACAAGAAUGCGAAAAGUUCUGACAAGAAGAAUCCUCCGACUGGGGAGCCUAAUAAGCAGAAUUCUAGGCCAGAUGGCAAGGAGAAAGGCGAACGCUGUCCGGGUUUUCGUGAUACUCGGAAGAAGGAAGAAGAUGAUCUAGAGGACGACAAUGAUUGUCAGAGAAGAAAUGGUCGAAAAGGCUGUGGUUCAUCCGCUAAUCGUCGUGAUUCUUUCAAGAAGGAAGAUGAUCAUCAUGAGGCUGAUGAUCACCAUCAUCGUACCCGAAAUGCUAGAGAGAAUGCAAAAGGCCAGGGGAAAUUCUCUGACCGCAGGAAGAAUGUUCCUGAUAAUGCUGAGGAGAAUGGUUCAGAAGAAUAUCGUCCAUGUCGUAACAGUGAUGCUCAUCACAAACCUAGUGAAGGAAACAAUCGUAGCCGAAAUGCUAGAGAGAAGAAUGCUAAGGGAAAAAAUCAUCAUUGUCGUAACUAUGAUGAGCCUUGGGAAAAUGUCAGAGAAAAAGACCAGAAACAGUUCCCUCACUGCAGGAAUUUUGCUGAUAAUGCUAGGGAGAAUGGUUCAGAAGAAUAUCCUCGAUGUCGUAAUUAUGAACCUCUGCAUAGACGUGGAGAAGACAAGAAGAUACCGAAAAUGUUCUCAGAUGAAGAUGCUGACAUUUUCAAGAACAAGGAGUACACUACUGGACGAAGCACUCAGUUUCGGUCAAGAAGUGACAGGUAUGAUGCUAGAAACCCAGAGGACUGGUAUGAUAGUCCAGAGGCAUUUCCUUACCAGCAUCAACAAUCCAGAAUGCCUCCGUAUUAUUCCGAGCCUCCUCAAAUGCCUCCGUAUUAUUCCAACUUCAGCCAGGAUAAUACAAAUGGUUGUUCCAUAAUGUAAACCACACUAAGACUUUUUGUGCAGAAACUAGGAAGACAUGGAAUUAUGAUAUACGCAUAGAAAUCUUCUUUCCUUAAAGAUUCCUUGCCUAAAAAUGUGAGUUGCUUUUGUACCUCGGUUUGUUCUAUGUAAUAUAUUCUUUUGGCCAAAAGUAAGGUUUUCUUUGCUAUGCAAUUGCUUACAGUAUGAAAAGAUGGCCAAUAAUAACCCUAGCAAUCGUUUCCUUGGCAAACCAAUUAUAAUGAAAAAACUGAAUUACAAAGUAAAACUGUUACAGAAUCUUCCCUGGUUCAGUAACAAACAUAUUGAGUGUAUUCGGAAAGAUUCAAUGGAGAAAAAGUAGAUUUGGAUAGAUUUUAAUGAUUAAUACAUCAUCCAGAAGAACUGCAGCAGGAAAAACCACGGGAAAGAAGUUCCAAGCCACAAAAUUUUCUACAUCUGUUACAUGUACUGCAACACGAAGUAUGUGAUUGAAGAAACUAGACGAAACUCCUCAUCCUCCCACAUUUUCCGUCCUUAUUCUGCCUUGGCCUCUGUCUCACUCGCCUUACCUUCAACUUUCACAUCUGCUUUCGCCUCCACCUUUGCAUCUCCAGCGCAACAGCCUCCACCGUGGUGAUGGUGAUGAUGGUGGUGGUGGUGAUGGUGCUUCUUGCCCUUCAACUGCUUCCUCAUAUCAUAAGCAUCCUCCCCAUCUGCAUAAUACUUGGCCUCCACAUCAUGAAUUUUGUAUCCUAGCGUCUGUGUGUAAAGAUUAAACGCAGCCCUGUUGCUUUUCCGGACAUGCAAUGACACAUACUCAGCUCCAUAAACCUAAACCCAGAACACAGAACAAGCUUCAGUACUAGAAAAGAAAUAAAUUAAGGACGAGGAAUCUACUAAAGGCCCAUGCUUUACAAAUUGCUCUCCGUGAACACCAUGAGAAAUCUAAUUAUGGUUAACAAAUCUCUCAUCAAUAACUCACCAUUAUGUCAUCAGAAACACAAAGCAAACACUUCAUUAUCCAAAACUAUCCCCAAUAGCCCACUGAAACAUAUAAAGCCAUACUCAUUUCGAUUCUUGAUAUUAAUCUCAAAUAGUUAACGCUGGCCCUUAACCUAGUUGAAAGGAUUCUAAAAUUAUAAUCCAAACAAGAGCACAAGUAAUAUAGGCAGAUCAAUGAGCUUUCUAACAGUAUUACUAGUCACCGAUAAAGCAGAUUCUAUUAAGAGAUAAAAUAAAAGGGGGAAAUGCCCCUUAUUUGUAACAGUUUUAUCUGAAUUUAGAGAUGAAAUUUGACAGACAACAUAGCAGCAGAGCUAAGACCAAAAGAAACAUAAACUACUCCAAAACAAAUAAAUGAAACUCUACGAUGACUAGACUACCAUCAGAAUUUGGAGGCCAAACUCCACCUAAAUCCGAGCCAGGAGCAACCAGCUUAAUUAUGAACCCCGAAACCUAAUACAUAGAUAUAUCAAGCACAAAACUUGGGAGAUAGACAUGGCCUGAAUACUCUAUUUUAGAGAAGAAAUCUCCACAUACGGGUUGAUUACAUAAUGAAGCAUCACCUCAUGAAAUCAUUCAUUGCCUUCAGGCUAGUCAGUGCAACGCCACAGAAAAGAAGUAAAGAAACCUAAUCUCAUCCCAUGACUCGAAUCAUCAAACAGCAUAUACUAUCCAGAAGUACAAAGAAACAACUAAGAAGGAAGAAUUACAAUAAAAUAAGACUCAAGUUUCCCCUGUAUAGAGUAUAGACUGCAUCAUACACAUGAAGCUACCCAUCCUCAUCGGCACACAAAUUAAGUAAAGCUAAAUCAAAUUCGUCUGAUCAAACCACUCAACGAUAUCAUAAAUUCAUAUUCCAAAAUAACCACACACAAGGAACUAAAUUACGAAUACAAAAAGAAAAGGGAAAAAGAAAACAACCUGUUCCAUGGCGUUUUGGGCAGCAGUCAUGAGCUUAGUGGCCAAACCCAGCUUCCUGUGAGUCCUAAGAACAGCAAGGGAAGUAAUAUGGCCGUGGCACUCGGUGCUCUCCUCCUCCAUCUUAGCCAACACAUAUCCCACGAUUUUGCCAUUGUAAUCUUCGGCAACAUAGAGCAACUGGGGCCAGGAAAGUAUGUGGUAGAAAUAGUACUUCAUCUGGUAAUUUUCUGGCAAACAGAAAAGAUUGCAAGCUUGCAUAGCCAAGAGGUCAUCAAUGGUGGCUCUGCGGAUGCAAACCAUGGUUAAACAAUGGCGGAUUUUAGAGGAAUUUUACACCAAGGGUUUUAGGUUUCAGGAGCAAAAAUGUUCGGAGCUUUAGGAACAAUUCCUAAAAGAUUAAAAGUCAGUUAACUU